UUGAUGUCAUCAUUUAAUGAGCUGGUUGGGAUUGGAGCCUCUGGGAGAAACGUGGGUGUCAGACAAAGCCUAGGAUCGGGCACCUUAGGGCCAGAGCUCUUGGUGGCUGCUGUGGUCGAUGCUGAGCAGUGUCCACUUGCCCAUGGCCAUGGACAGGUGCUGUGUCUCCCUUUUUCCCCACGCAGGUCCCUGCAGUCAGAUGGGGAGAUGCCAGGAGGCUGGAAUGCCUCCUCUGACAGCCCGGAGCUACGAGCUGCAGGGAUUAUCGUACCCAUCAUCUUCUCCCUCAUUUUCCUCCUGGGCACUGUGGGCAAUGGGCUGGUGCUGGCCGUGCUGCUGCGGAAUGGCCAAGUCAAGUACAACACCACCAACCUCUUCAUCCUUAACCUGGCCAUGGCCGACCUCUGCUUCAUCAUCUGCUGCGUCCCCUUCCAGGCCACCAUUUACACCCUGGAUGGGUGGCUCUUUGGGGCCUUUGCCUGUAAGGCUGUGCAUUUCCUGAUCUACCUCACCAUGUAUGCCAGCAGCUUUACCCUGGCUGCUGUCUCCGUCGACAGGUACCUGGCAAUUCGCUAUCCACUGAAGUCCCGAGAUCUCCGCACCUCACGAAAAGCAGGAGUGGCCAUUGUAGUGAUCUGGUCUCUGUCUCUGCUCUUCGCAGGGCCUUACCUCAGUUACUACCAGAUAGUCCAUUACCAUGGGGUGCCCAUCUGUGUCCCCAUCUGGGAGGACCAGCGCCGAAAGAUUCUGGACAUCUUGACAUUUGUCUUUGGAUACCUCCUGCCCGUGACUGUGGUGAGCUUGGCAUACGCCAGGACCAUCAAGUUCCUGUGGACCUCCGUAGACCCCAUAGAAAGGAUCUCAGAGUCGAGGAAGGCCAAGUGUAAGGUCACUAAGAUGAUUGUGGCUGUGGCCAUCUUGUUCUGCCUUUGCUGGCUGCCUCACCACCUGGUCAUCCUGUGCUUCUGGUUUGGCCACUUCCCCUUCAAUCGAGCCACUUAUGCCUGCCGCCUGGCUUCCCACUGUCUUUCAUAUGCUAACUCCUGCCUCAACCCCAUUGUCUACGCCCUCAUCUCCAAGCAUUUCCGCAAGCGUUUCAAGCAGGUCUUCACCUGCCUCUUCUUCAAGAACAAAACCGGGAAGAAGAAGAAGAGAGUUGGAAAGAAAGUCCACGUGGUCAACACAAGCAAAGGUUUCACCAACAGCACCAGAGGUUUCUAUGGAGGCAACACGGAGGUCCCAGAGGGGAGCACCAGAAAGAGGGACCCUGAAGGUGCCAGUCAUGAUGCCAGAGCAUGGACUCACCAGGUACAAGAUGCCAUGGUCUUUGUUCAGAAGGAGCUGUUGGAAGAGGAAAGUUUGGCACCAGGUGGCCAUCCCAUACCCAUGACUCCUGCAGGAGGAACUCAGGAGUUCCUCACUGUUCAUUACAGAUGUUUUCCAGACUGUGAGUAACUACUCCAUUCCCAAAAAGGCAGAAUAAUGUGGGGCAAGGAGGAAUGGAUGCAGCAGAGCCCCUGAAAGCUCCUGAGAGGCCUUGGUAACCAAUUGUCCUCACUCAUCUUCCCUCACUGUCCUACAGAAUUCACCUAGGCACAAUCCAC